AUGUUGCCGCCCGUUCGAUCCGUGUUUGUAUUUCUAACCGUGCUGGCCACCUUUCAGUGGGAGCUUUCCGCUCAGGGUAAUGAGACCACGUUCGGGUUCUUCCGCCAGAAGGAUUAUUAUUUCAGCAACUCCUUCAAGCUCAACUGGUUUAAAGCGGUCGAGUACUGCCGAUCCCGGGGCAUGUUCCUGCUGUCGGUGCGGAACGCCGCGGAACGAGACGAAGUGAUCAAGUACCUGGCCAGCACCGGUUACACGGCAACGCAUAAGGGCCUGAUGGCGUGGAUUUCCGCCAACGAUCUCGGUGAGGAAGGAGAAUUCCAUUGGGCCUCCACGGGGGAGCGCGUAAACUACCCGAACUGGAGCGACACGGAGCCAAACGAUUACAAGAUCGACGAUUGCACGGGAGAGGAUUGUGCCAUCCUGGAGUACUGGGAGGAAGGUGGCGCCAACUACAACUACACGUUCAAUGAUCGAUUCUGCAUGCGGGAGUACCUCUUCAUUUGCGAAACGCUGCAGGAUUGAUCGAAAAACAGAGCCAAUUACGACACUUGGAAGUUAAAGAGCCCGUGGGGGGUUAGCAUCAUAAUUGCCAGCAGCCAUCGUUGCAAUCAUCGUAACUAGAAU